AUUUUCCAUCAUUCUUCUUCUUUAAUUCUUUUGCUGAUUUCUUCAAAAUACAUCUUCUACUGUUCCUCUGCUUCUUAAGAAAAAGAUGGGAAUUUCUUGGAGUAAAAGACAUCAAAAUCAUCACCUCCACCACCAUUCUCCGCCACCGCUGCCGCCGCCGCCGUCUUCUUCUAUUGCUCCGCCCUUUCCUUCUCUGUCUCCACCACCACUGCCACCUCCCCACCCAACCUACUCCUCACCUCCACCUUCUACAACACCUCCCCCUUCCCGAAACCCUUAUCCUUUACUAACCCCUCCUCCCCCACCCAACUACCCGCCUCCUUCCAAUUCGAAUUACCAUUUUUGUUUCAGUCAGUCCAGUUAUGGUACUAGACCUGUAGUCUAUCAAAAUCAGUAUCCUCCUUAUUAUCAUCCUCACAGUAAUAACGGAUGGGGUGGGUUUCGGCCUCUGCCGCCUCCUCCACCGCCGUUGCCAGCGGUGCCGUAUGUGGAUCACCAAAAUGCGAAGAAGAUUAAGAAUGAUGUUAAUGUUCAUAAGGAUACUAUCAGGGUUCAUGUUGAUGAAUUCAAUAAGGAUUUCCAUUUGGUUUCGUUUACUUUCGAUGCGCUUGUUGAUGGAAGUAUCACCAUUUUCUACUUUGCUAAGGAGGGACCCAACUGCAAAUUCAAUCCCGUAUAUCCCGAAAUCAAGCCUGUUCAAAUACCAUUUGUAAAAGGACUGGGCCAAAAGUUUUGCCAGCCUUCUGGAACUGGAAUUGACCUGGGCUUUUUUGAUGUCAAUGACCUAUCAAAGCCUCUCCAAGGAGAAGAAAUUUUCCCGCUUGUUAUAUCAGCUGAGUCAUGUCUGCCAUCUACACCACUGGAUGGCAAGUAUGAUGGGCAGUCACUGGAUAAAUCUCCCCAUUCACAGAUAACUGAAGCUGUGCUAGUGAAGAAUAAUGAUGAUCAUUUUCAAGUGAAAGUGAUCAAGCAGAUUUUAUGGAUUGAAGGAGUUCGCUAUGAGCUGAGAGAGAUUUAUGGGAUCAACAAUUCAGAGGAAACUAAUGUCAAUGAUGAGGAGUCAGGAAAAGAAUGUGUAAUUUGCAUGACUGAGCAGAAAGACACGGCAGUUUUGCCAUGUAGACAUAUGUGUUUGUGUGGUGAGUGUGCCAAAGAACUGAGGCAUCAAUCAAAUAAGUGCCCCAUAUGCCGCCAACCCAUUGAGGAACUUCUGGAGAUUAAGGUCAACGAAGCUGCAUCAUAAGCUGGGAUAUUGUGACAGUGGAAGGUUUGUGUUUUUGGUGUACUAUUCAGCGUGUGAUUGUAUAGCACAGAGAUUGUAUAUAAUACGGUGAAUAAUACGAAGUUUUUGUCAAGAUUUUCAUCUUUUUCUUAAAGGAAAUUU